AUGAGACUGCGAAUCAGAGUUUACCUGUUAAUUAUCAUUCUUCUUAUUCUCGUUAUUAAUGUUCUCACACCUGAAUUUGAUUUCAAUUUGAUGAAUUUCAGAUCAGCAUUACAUCAACUCCUAGAACUUGCAUCAGCUGCAGCAAAAAGGAAAGAUAAGCUUCACGGGAGGCCUCUUCGAGGAAAUGAUUUGAAAGGUGAGUAAAACUCAAGUACUAGAAAGUCUAGGAAUUUGGAACCCUCUGGCUAAUCGCCUAUCAAAAAGUAGGUGAUCUGAAGUUAUCAGAACAUUUCGUGGAGAUACAUCUUAUAAUUAUGAAAGUUAUGGGACUUGGGAUAUUUAUUAAUAUCUAGAAAAUUGAACACCAUCCUAUUUUUCAGCGUGA